AUGGCAGAAAAACGAAAGAAACCGUCAGAAGCUCAUCGUCAAGAGACACGAUUUCAGUGUGAAAUAUGUGGACUAAAUUGCAGGAAUAAAGAUGCUUUAAAUAAGCAUUCAUCUUGCCAUUCGAACGUGAAACCCCAUGUAUGCGAAACAUGUGGUAAAGCGUUCAAAAGAAGAGAUGUAUUAAAAGUACAUUUAAGCAUUCAUACAAAAGAAAAGCCUUAUGUAUGUGAAGUCUGCAGUAAAGAGUUCAGACAUAGAAGUGCUUUAAAGGUACAUUUACGUACUCAUACAAAUGAAAAACCACAUGUAUGUUCAAUAUGUAGUAAAGCAUUCUCGGAUAGAAGUAAUUUAGGAACGCAUUUACGUACGCACACAAAAGAAAAACCUUAUGUCUGUGAAGUCUGCAGUAAAGAGUUCAGACAUAGAAGUGCUUUAAAGGAACAUUUACAUACUCAUACAAAUGUAAAACCACAUGUAUGUGCAGUCUGUAGUAAAGCAUUCUCGUAUAGAAGUAAUUUAGAAAAGCAUUUGCGUACGCACGCAAAAGAAAAACCUCAUGUAUGUGAAGUCUGCAGUAAAGAGUUCAGACAUAGAAGUGCUUUAAAGGUACAUUUACGUACGCAUACAAAUGAAAAACCGCAUGUAUGUGCUGUCUGUAGUAAAGCAUUCUCGGAUAGAAGUAAUUUAAGAAAGCAUUUACGUACUCACACAAAAGAAAAACCUUACGUUUGCUAA